AUGGGGGCGUACGAGGCGCUGGGCCUGGCGCAGGCCGCGCAGGUGUAUCUGCUCGUGGGGCUGCUGGGCGCGGCCGUGUACCUGCUGCUGGUGCUGUCCUUCCUGCUCGUGCCCAACAUCCGCGCGCAGCACCCGGCGGCCAACCUCGUGGUGUGGCACGCGGGCUGCGGCCUCGUCUCGAGCGCCGGUUUCGUCUUCGCCUUCGCGCUGCAGCGGGACGACGAGGACGGGGAGGCGGACGCGGCGCUGGUGCAGCGGCAGUGCGCGCUGCUGGCGCCCUUCAACCAGUUCUUCCUGCUGGCGGGCGCGCUCUGGUACCUCAUGCUGGCGCUCGACCUGCUCGUGGCGCUCGUGAACCCCUGGAUGGGCUACAGCUGCAAGUCCUGGGCCUACCACACCAUCGUGUGGAGCGUGAGCGGCGUGUCGGCGCUGCUGCUGCACCAGCUGCAGCUCUUCGGGCUCUCGCCGCUCAACGUGUGCUGGGUGCGGCGCACGCGCGACCCGGCGCAGGUCAACACGGCCAACUGGGUCUUCCUCUUCGGGGCCGUGGGCGGCAUCUGCCUAUUGUCGCUGGCCGUGCUGCUCUUCGCGAGCUUCCGCUUCGUGCGGCGCCAGCUGGACGUCACGUAUCGCGCCAAGCGCCGCAACCUCGUGCAGUACUACCGCUACCUGCUCAUCUAUGCGGGCCACUGGGCGGCCUGCGGGGCGCUCUACUACGCGGCGUACCGCCAGCAGUUCGACGGCAAGAUGGCCAAGCACUUUGAGCUCGCGAUCGCGCUCGUGUUCGGGUCGUACCCCGUGCUGCUGCUUUUCGUCUGGGUGCUCAACACGGAGCUGUACCAGAACUUCUCGAGCGAGAACAAUCUGUCCAAGGCGGAGCGAGGCGCGGGCGACUCGAAGAGCACAGAGCACUUUAGUGCGGCGCUGAGGAAGGAUCUGAUGCGCUACACGACCGCAGGGAUUCGCUGCAGCAUCACUGAGUCCCCCGCCGACAGUCUGCGCUCGCCGCUGCUCAGUCUGGCCCGCGAUCGCUUUGGCUCGCUGGAUCGCACGGCCGCGCUGUCGUUUCUGCAGAUGGAGGAGGGCGGAUCGGCCGGUCUGUACCACGAGAAGAAGCGACUAGCGACGACGGUGUACAACGGCGAGUACCGGUACUACGAGAAGCUGGGCUUUACCGACUACGCCCCGAAAGUGUUCCAGAACAUCCGCGAGAUUUGUGGGAUCGACAACGAAAUGUACGAGCAGUCGUUCGCGGAUACGCUCCUGGAGCGGGCGUCGGAGGGCAAGUCUGGAAUGCUCUUCUACUUCACCAGCGACCGGAAGUACCUGGUCAAGACUAUGACCAAGAAAGAGCAUUCGUUCCUGCUGGAGGUGCUCCCGCUGUUCCACCAGUACAUUCUAAAGCAGCCGAACUCGCUCCUGUGCCGCUUUCUCGGCUGUCACUCCAUGCAGCUUCCCGUUGGCUGGAACAAGAUGUUUUUCGUCGUGAUGGAGAACAUUUUCCCGGACGGACCAGUCGACGAACGCUACGACCUGAAGGGCAUAUUCCACCAGUCCAACUUCAGGUACCAAGAAGGGAUCGCGACGCCCGUGUCAAGCGAGUGGAGUCGAAGUGCGAGGGAAGAAGAAGGUGUGGUGCACAUUCUCGAUGAAGAUGAAGCAGCGUCCAGCGAGAGCCAAAGUGUGGACAGUGAGAUGGGCCACGUAACAGAGAAACAACCACUGUUACGUCGUGGAAGCUCACGCCCAUCGCUUCGUUACGACAAUGACUUCGUGACUCGCCGUGCCUCGCUUCGCGUCAACCCCACGACCCGUGCGAAUUUGCUCGCCCAAGUGACAAGUGACUGCGGAUUCCUUCAGGAGCUGGGGAUCAUGGAUUACAGUUGCCUGCUUGGCAUCCGACAUUACAACCAGCGCAUUGAACCGGAGGUGAUGGACAACCUGGCUCACAAUGCCGUCGUGUCGGCUGACCAGUCCACUGUCUACUAUCUCGGCUUUGUGGACAUUUUGCAGCACUACAACAUCGGGUGGAAAAUGCAGCACUGCUUGUUGGCUGCUGUGGUGGACAAGCGCCAGAUCACGGCGCUGCCUCCAGCUGAGUACGCGCUGCGAUUUUUGAACUUUAUUCACGAAUAUUUACUGCGAGACCCCGAGGGAUCAAACGUUCGCUCAUACGGGAGCAUCGGCUACUCGCCCUCCAGCUUCAUCCGCUAGGCAAAAGCUGCAAAUUCGGGGAGCAACUAAAAAUAUGAGGCGAGGAGCAGCAUC